UUUUCAAUUCAUGCUACAUAAUGUUACAUCCCUCUAUACUCUACUAUACCAGUCAAUAGCACAACAAAACCGCAAUGGUCGCCGCAUAUCAGCCACUUCCGUCCUCAGAAAAUACAUAUCCUCCUCCCCAUAGCGAACCACCACGUCAAUCCCUCCGCACAUUACUACCUUGGCCAUCUUCGAACCCACUUCCUGGUCCCCCAUACCCUUUACGCCCCACCAAAUCCCGCCUUACACCUAUUCACAUUAUAAAAUACGCAUUGGCAGUAACGGGCGGACUGAUAAUAUUCCAUUAUGUCGUCGUAGGCGCGUUUCCCAACUCGAAAUACACCGUCAAAUUCCGGGAGAAGUUUACGGGGUACAAAGCCUGGGAAGCCGAUGAAGCCUACAAGGCAGCAACAGCCUCCGCCGAAAAGGUACUGUCCCAUCUCAACCCAUCAGCUGGCCAGCCUGGUACGUUCUUUCGAGACAGUUUUCCCAUCAAAUCGAUGUUGGCCUUUUGGGAGCUGGCCGAGAAAGAGGUAGCUGCCAAAGGACUGGAUACAUGUAAUGACCAACUGGGACGGGGACUUGUGGAAGGCUACCAUUCCUCUGAGCUUGCCUAUUGCGUACCUCCAGGAGAAGGAGAUGCCUUUGAGGCUUUGAACACUUUGAACAUGUCUGCCAGUUGGGACGUGGCAUCCGGAGAACAAGUGCCAGCCACGAGAAUCAGCUGUAACCCGGUGCAAGAUAACGAUUUCACCAAUUGGUGGCCGUAUCCUGCAGCACCUUGUGUCUCUACCAAUCUGCGCACCAUCCCAGAUGAAUCCCGAAAAUAUCGAGCUGUCGGAUGCAAAAUCACCGACAAGGGUGUCAAGCUCAAUGUCGAUAUGGGUCGGGAAAAGUUCUUAGGGGCUCAAAUGGAAUCAGUGGAUAUGGAAGAUGAGAGAGCUAUUUGUAAAGAAAGAAUAGAGAGAACUACUGUACUUAUUGGAAGGCAAGAUCAAUGGAAUCCCUUUCACGUUGCGGAAGACUUGAUUACGACACUGGUGACCUUGUUCAUUGCCGCCCGUACUGCUCCCGCCCUUGUGAAUAGUCGUGUGCAACUUGUUUUCACAGAGGGGUACAGUAUGGAUGGCAAUCAUUUCACUCCAUUAUGGGAUCGUGUUGGAGCGUGGGCGCCGAGGAGGUUGAGUUUGGACCCCUGGCAAGAAGGAGAGUGUCUGACAAACGCUAUACAUAGUGUAGGGGCGGGGGCGUCUUUAUUAUCUGCAAUGGGCGUUGGAAAGAGCUAUUCGUGUGCGUCAACUAUAACAUGGGCGGCCUCCCACUAUUACCGUCAUUUAUUUGGUCUUCUUCCGCCGUCAGUUUCAUCAGCGAGUACGCUCUCGCAAACUCGUCGACCCAUCAAUGUUCUUUGGUUAUCCCGUGCCAAACUUGAUCAUUAUGCCAAAGAACAUAAUGACUGGUCAUCCUGGAGAGACGUCAGACAUAUUAAUAAUGAAAAGGAACUUGUGACCCGUCUCAAGGACGGCUUGCGAACGAUGUGUGACCAACCUUCUUCUGUGUUUGGGACGCCUGGAUGCGUUUUCGAGGACGCGAGAGAUACUCCCGAGUCGUGGACGUUGUCUUCACCCGAUAGCAUUGAGUCGGACGACUUACCCCUGCCAGUGCGUUUCGCGCAGAUGGACCCUUCAGUGCAAACAAUCGAGAAUCAAGUAAGCAUGGUGGGCCACGCAACAGUCCUUAUCAGUUCUCAUGGCGGAGCCCUGGGAUUGUCAUUAUUCCUUCCCCCCGGCUCCUCGGCCAUUGUAGAGCUCCAGGUUGGUGGCGUAAAGGGAAAUUACCAUUUCCAACACAUGGCUUACGAGAUGGGUCAUCAAUACGAAGUAUUGGGUAUUGAAAGAACAGUUGAUGUCGAUCAAGUAUGGGAGUCGGUGCAGAGAUGGGUGGAAAAAAUUGCAGCCAAAGGCUCAUAAUACCAAGCAUAAUAUAUACAUGGAUUAGUAAAUGCAGUGAU